AUGACAAUACCCUUUGAGGAGAAUGUUGUAAGUCACGAGGUUCGCCGGGAUUUGGAUUCGGGCCAUUUCUUUGAGCACUUGCCGAGCUUUUUCCAUCGAACCGGAUUUUACGAAUGCGGAUAUUACGGUUGUGUAAGUCACGUGGUCCGGAUGGGAAAGAGUGUCUUCUUGUCAUUUUCGUGCCUUAUUACUUCAUCCUCCUCCUCUUCCUCGUCGUCAUCAUCAUCAUCAUCAUCGUCAUCAUCAGAGUUAUCAGAGUACGAAUCAUUUGAACAAGAAUCCCUCAAAAUCCUGCAAAGUCUCCAAAUCGCCAAAACCGACAUAAGCCGCGACAAGAGAAUGCAAAGUCGUCAAGCAAAUCGGUAUCUCCUUUUGGAUUAUUCUCUCGAGAACGUAAACGAGCAGGUCCUUCCUCUCGACCCGAGCGAAGAAUUUGAUCAUGAUGUUAUACAUAUUCGGCUCGCAUUUGAACUGGGGCAUUUCAUCGAACAGUUGGUGGAAUGUCUUGACAUCGCCCAAAUUAGCACAGGCAUUGAGGACAGCGUUGUAAGCACCUGUAUCGGGUCUCGAAUUUUCAUCGAGCUCGGAAUCUUGAAGCCUGCGGACCCUUUUCGUGACGGAAUGAAAGAGUUUAAGGGCUUCAGUUGGGCCGUCGUCGCCGGAGGAGGAGAGCCGGCUAACCACGGCACUCCACGCCUUGACAUGGGGAAGGUAGCCGGACUUGAGCAUGGAUUUGACUAUGGAGGCGGCGUAGAGGGUGUGGCCGCCCUUGGCGGCGGCCACCGCCAGGAGGCCGAGCGAGUUGGCGUCGAGACGGUGGAGCUGCCGCUCGAGGCGGAGGCGUUGGAUGAUGGACUGAGCACGGGUGAGGCCCUCCGCCGUGUUGAGGUAGGAGAGCUGGGAGACCAGGCGGCUGAGGCAGGCGGCGCUCGGGAGGUGGGGGCAUUGGGUGUAAUAUUGCCAGGCCUCGUCGGUUUUCCGCUGCUGGAGGAGGGUGAGGAGGAUCUGUACACUUUGAACACUUUUGAUUAUUGA